AUGGUUUCAAACAAUGCUGUUCCGAUGAAGUUAGAAAGUUCUGACAGAAGAUAUGUAGUUGUCAGAACGUCAGAUUCUCAUAUGCAAGAUACAGAAUAUUUUGACGACUUAGCAGAAACUUUGACAUCUGACUUUUACAACCACUUGUUCUCAUAUUUUAUGACAUUAGAUAUUUCAAAGUUCAAUCCAAGACAAAUUCCACAUACCGAAGAGAGACAAACAUUGUUAGAAGCAAACAAGAGUGUAUAUGAACUGUUCAUAGAUGAAACUGACUUUGAGUGUUUAGAUGAAAGGUCAUUGUACGAUUCGUAUAAACAAUAUUGUCAAGAAUAUGGUUAUAUGACAGCGUCUAAACGAACAUUCUUGGCAAAUGUCAAAAGUCUUUUAGAUGUUCAGAAUGGUGUAUAUACAAAGAAAAUUUUUUCUGAGUAA